UCUAUUUUCCUUGAGCAGUCCAAUAGUAACCAGAGGCUGGGUUUGGGAACCAGACUCCAGGUUCCUCAUCUUGGAGAGGGACUGAAGUGCCUCCUUGCCUGAGGGAAUUGGGCCCCAGUCACUUCCUGGAGCACAUCAAACUCCACCUCCAGCCCCAGCAGGCCACUCAACCCUGAGGCCUCCCAUGAGCAGCCAGCUCCACCCUCCCCACCUUGGUGGUACCGUCAGACCUGAGCUAGCAGUGAGUGUAGUCAGAGCAGAGCAGAGUGGCUCUGGAAAGCAGGCAGGGCUUUCUGCUAAGAACUGGGGCUGCCUGGCCAUGCUCUGGGCGCUCUUUCCAAGGAGGCUGGCAGGCAAGGGGCUGCCCCUCCUCGGGGCAGUGCUGCUGCGGAAGAGAGAGAAGAGGGGACCUCAGUGGAGGCAAUGGCGGCGGGAAACCCACCCAUACUAUGACCUCCAGGUGAAGGUGCUGAGGGCCAGAAAUAUCCAGGGCACAGAUCUGUUGUCCAAAGCUGACUGCUACGUGGAACUGUGCCUGCCCACUGCAUCCCCUAGCCCUGCUCAGACAAGGAUGGUGGCUAACUGCAGUGACCCUGAGUGGAACGAGACCUUCCACUACCAGAUCCAUGAUGCAGUGAAGAACGUCCUGGAGCUCACCCUCUGUGAUAAGGACAUCCUGGGCAGUGACCAGCUCUCCCUGCUACUCUUUGACCUGAGGAGCCUCAAGCCUGGCCAACUCUACAGACACGUCUUCCCACUCAACCACCAGGAUUCACAGGAGCUGCAGGUGGAAUUUGUUCUGGAGAACAGCCAGAUUCCUGCAUCUGAAAUCAUCACCAACGGGGUCCUGGUGGCUCAGCCCUGUCUGAGAAUCCAGGGGACCCUCAGGGAAGACGAGACAGCCCCACAUGGAGAGUAUGGCUCUAGGCGGAUUCAGCUCACAGUGCUCGGGGCCUACGAGAAGCCACAGUCCUUGCCCCUGCAAACUCCCACGGAGGGAGGCCUCCCAGCUACCUUCACCUUUCACGUGAACCCCGUGAUCAGCUCCAGGCUGGAUGUGGAGCUGAGGGAGAAGCUCACGGUCCUGCAAAGUGGUCCAAGUGCCGAGCUGGAGGCCCAAACCAGCAAGCUGGGAGAGGGGGGCAUCCUGCUCUCCUCUCUGGCCCUAGGCCAAGAGGAACAGCACAUUGUGGCCCUAGGGGAGGGUCAGGAGGUGGUUCUGAAUAUGAAGGCAGAAAUGAGCUCUGGAGACCUUGACCUGCGUCUUGGUUUUGGCCUGUGUGAUGGGGAACGGGAGUUUCUGGACAAGAGGAAGCAGAUCGUGUCCAAGGCCCUGCAGCAGGUGCUAGGAUUGAGCCAGCCUCCUGACAGUGACCAGGUGCCUGUGGUGGCCGUGCUGGGUUCAGGAGGUGGAACCCGGGCCAUGUCUUCCCUGUAUGGCAGCCUGGCAGGGCUGCAGGAACUUGGCCUCCUGGACACUGUGACCUACUUGAGUGGGGUCUCUGGGUCUACCUGGUGUAUCUCCACACUCUACAAGGACCCAGCCUGGUCCCAGGUGGCCUUGCAGGGCCCCAUUGAGCGUGCCCAGGCUCGGGUCUGCAGCAGUAAGAUGGGGGCAAUGUCCACGGAGCGCCUACAAUACUAUGCCCAGGAACUGGGCAGCCUGGAAAACAUUGGCCACAGGGUUUCCCUCAUCAACCUCUGGGGUCUCCUCAUUGAGUAUUUCCUCUACCAGGAGAAAAACCCUGCCAAGCUGUCUGACCAGCAGGAGGCCAUCAGCCAGGGGCAGAACCCUUACCCUAUCUACGCCAGCAUCAACGUCCACACCAAUAUCAGCGGGGAAGACUUUGCAGAGUGGUGUGAGUUCACCCCCCAUGAGAUCGGCCUCCCCAAGUAUGGGGCUUAUGUUCCCACUGAGCUCUUUGGCUCUGAGUUCUUCAUGGGACGUCUGCUGCAGCCCCGGCCUGAGCCCCGGAUCUGCUACCUGCAGGGUGUGUGGGGCAGCGCCUUUGCAGCCAGCCUGGAUGAGAUCUUCCUGAAGACAGCUGGCUCAGGCCUCAGCUUCCUAGACUGUUACAGAGGGAGUGUAAACAUCACAGGUGCAGAUGACUGCCGGAAGCUCCAGCUGCACGAUCCCGCGAGUCUGCGGACCAGGCUCUUCACCCCCCAGGGGCCCUUCUCUCAGGCCGUGCUGGAUAUCUUCACCUCCCGCUUCACCUCCGCGGAGAACUUUAACUUCACCAGGGGCCUCUGCCUGCACAAAGACUAUGUGGCUGGCCGGGAGUUUGUAGCCUGGAAAGAUAUGCACCCUGACGCCUUCCCCAACCAGCUCACUCCCAUGCGGGACUGCCUGUACCUGGUGGAUGGGGGCUUUGCCAUCAACUCUCCGUUCCCACUCAGCCUGCUGCCCCAGAGAGCGGUGGACCUCAUUCUGUCCUUUGACUACUCCCUGGAGGCCCCUUUCGAGGUCUUACAGAUGACAGAGAAGUACUGCCUGGACCGAGGCAUCCCCUUCCCAAGUAUCGAAGUGCUCCCUGAGGAUUUGGAGGAACCCCGUGAGUGUUACCUGUUCACCAAGGCCAAGGACCCGCGCUCUCCCAUCGUGUUGCACUUCCCCCUCGUCAACCGUACCUUCCGCACACACCUGGCCCCAGGUGUGGAGAGACAAACAGCUGAGGAGAAGGCCUACGGGGACUUUGUGGUCAAUGGCGCAGACACUCCAUAUGGCAUGAUGAACUUCACCUAUGAGCCUGAGGAGUUUGAGCGGCUGGUGGCUCUGAGUCGAUACAAUGUUCUGAACAAUGUGGAGACCCUGAGGCAUGCCCUCCGGCUGGCUCUGGAGCGACAGCAGGCUGGGGACAGGGCUGGAGGCUGAGCCUGGGUCAGAGUCGGAAGGCUGUGAGAGACAGGAGCGACUGUGGUCUCCAGACCGGGGCUUGCAAAUGACCGGCCUCCUGGAUCCAGUGCUCAGUGCUAUCAAGAAUAAAGUGAGACCUCCUGGGUUGCCAGUCUGGAUCAGUAACUCCAUCCUCCUGCCUGCCGACUCCCCUUCACCUCUGGCUUUCCUUGCCCCCUCACCUUACUGCUCACCAUCCUUCUCUGCCCAGCCUCCUGAAGGCUGAGGGAUGGUAUCCUGGCUGGUAGGUGUGCUCAUGUUUCCCUGCUAAUUACUAAUGCUUUACUCUUUAGACUUGGGUCACACUCUCUUGUCAGGUGUACAACUGCCCCCUCCUACAAAUAGUCUCGCCAAAUAGAAGCUCAAUGGGUAUGUCUAGAGCAUGCGUUUGUGGAUCAGAGAGCAGAGUGAGUGUGUGCCUGCAUGGCUGUGCAUGUCGCUCGUGAGGGCAGGGCUGGCAAGCACCUGUCUGUGGGUCAGGGAUCGGCAGUGGUAGAGAGGCCUGCUUGGGAACUUGGAGGCAUGGGUUUCUGCUUCUUUCACAGACGCAUGAUAUGAUCUGGGCAAACUGCCCUUCUCUCUCCCUGUUUUUCAUUUCUGCUGACCCACCUGGGAUCUUCUUAAUAGCUAAAGUCUCUUCAACAUGAGCAGGUUCCAGGUCUUUGGAAAGGGGGGUCCACCCUGACUAGACAUGAUCUGGGCAUCCUGUGACCAUCCGCCUCUGCAGCCUCGUUCUUCCCAUCUCCACCCCGCCCAGUGCUGAGCUGCCUGGGAGCCUUCAGUGGCCCUGGUGCCAUACUCACUUGGACCUUGGACACUUGCUCCUCCCACCCUCUCUUCCAGGAGUGCUUCCUUGGGCCACAGCCUUCCCCCUACACCCUCUCCAGGACCAAAGUCACAAUUCCUUUUUCGGUCAGGGACACCUAUGCAAGGAAGCCUCACGCAUCUCAACUCUGGGAAGAAAGCCCUUGUUCUGGCUCCUAGCUGGGAGAAAGGUGGUCCCAGCCUGGCCUGGUCUGGGACCCCCAGGCCUCCAGCUGGACAUGAGCAGGGAGGGCUGAAGGAGCUGGACCUCAGAAGGGCCAGUGCUUUUGGCUGGCAUGGGUAGGGGACAGUUUUGUUCUCUUACCUUCCAACCAUUGCUGCCCAUCAUCAUAGAUCACCACCACUGUCUCUUGGCUCAGCAAUGAGAGGUUUCCUCUUGGGUAGCCUCAGGCUGGCCCCUGAGCUCCUGCUAUGGCCACUUAUCAUCACCACCCCUGUGCUGGCAUCAUUAGUACUUAUUAAGACCUCCAUAGAGUUCAUUACUUAGAACUUUGUAGAUUUCUUAGAACUUGGAACUCAGAGAGUUCUGAGUUCUUAGAUCCUCAUGGAGCUCAAAACUUAGAAUCUUCAGUUUGUCUUCAAUGCCUCAUAUAGCCACGGGCUGUCUCUGGCUCCUGAAAAGUAAAGCCCUUGAGGGUAGACAUUUUUUUGUCUGUAUUGUUUGCUGCUAUAUCUCCAGUGUUAAAAGCAGUGGCUGGCAGAUAGUAGAUGUACAAUAAAUAUUUGACAAAUAAG